AUGGCAAAAAAGAAAGCAUUCAUUCCCCUUCUAUAUCUUGCAUCUAUAGGAUUUUUGCCCUGGUAUAUCUCUCUCUCAUUUACUAAAAGUCUGGAAUCUUGGGUUACUAAUUGGUGGGAUAUUAGGCAAUCCGAAAUUUUCUUGAAUAUCAUGCAAGAAAAGAGUAUUAUAAAAAAAUUCAUAGAAUUAGAGGAACUCUUCCUCCUGGACGAAAUCAUAAAGGAAUACCCGGAAACACAUCUAGAAAAGCUUCGUAUCGGAAUCUACAAAGAAACGAUCCAAUUGAUCAAGAUACACAAUGCAGAUUGUAUCCAUACGAUUUUGAACUUCUCGACAAAUAUAAUCUAUUUCGUUAUUCUAAGUGGUUAUUCUAUUCUAGGUAAUGAAGAACUUGUUAUUCUUAACUCUUGGGUUCAAGAAUUCCUAUAUAACUUAAGCGACACAAUAAAAGCUUUUUCAAUUCUUUUAUUAACUGAUUUAUGUAUAGGAUUCCAUUCGCCCCACGGUUGGGAACUAAUGAUUGGCUCUAUCUACAAAGAUUUUGGAUUUGCUCAUAACGAUCAAAUGAUAUCCGGUCUUGUUUCGACUUUUCCGGUCAUUCUAGAUACAAUUUUAAAAUAUUGGAUCUUCCGUUAUUUAAAUCGUGUAUCUCCCUCACUUGUAGUGAUUUUUCAUUCAAUGAAUGACUGA